AUGGAUCCAGAACAAACAACAUCAAAUUCAACAAAUCCAGAAGAUUUGAAUGAAAAUCAUGAAAAUUCCGAAACAAUAAUAUUUCCAAGUUGCGAUAUAGUGCUAAAUGAAGAGCCAACAACAGAAGAUGAUAAUGAUAAUAAUAAUAAUAAUAUAGAUGAAAAUGGUAAUAAUAUGGCACCAAUUCCAUAUAUUCCACCGAUUAUUAUUGCCGACAAUAAUAGUGAUAACGACUCUGGCGAUGACUCGAUUCAUCCGCUUGGCACAAACAACAGUGGUGGCGACUCUACACCUCCACAGCGUCUGCAGACAUCACAUAGCUUCCUCUCCAUUCGACGAUCGUGGAUGGGUAAAUUCAUUAGUCGUCGUAAGCUAAAACAUUCAAUCAGUACAGGUAGUUUGAAUCAUCGAAACAAUCAAUCAGAUCUAGUUCCAUCGCCAACAUGUGAAUCUUUUUCAACUCCAACUUCACCUCGAAUCAAUGGACAUCAACAUAUUAAUAAUAAUAAUAACAAUAAUAAUAAUAAUAAUAACAAUAACAAUAACAAUAGUAAUAAUAGUAGUAGUACAACUACUACCAAUAGUAGUAAUAAUAAUAGUCCAUCCAUUAGUAAUAAUAAUAAUUCUAAACCACGCCAGAAAUCAAUCAAAGGAAUAUUCUCAUUUUUUAGUAGUAGUAGCAACAACAAUGGUGGAAAUAAUAGUAAUGGUGAUAAACCAAGUAAUAAUUCAUUGAAACGUUCAAAAAUACCUAAUAGUCUUAGUUGUAGUAAUUUACCAAAUUCAAGUUUUAUGGAUGAAUAUAAAAAACAACAACAAAUUCAACAACAACAGGCUCAACAACAACAAAAAAUAAAACAAACAACACCACCAAGUCCAUCACAAAUACAUCAACAACAAUCAAUGACUACAUCAGUAUCGGCAAAUAAUAUUGUUGGAAGUGGCGGUGGUGAUAUGGAACAACAGAUCAUCCCAGUGGUUGAGUUGUUGAGUGAGAAAAGCUUGGUUAGACCAAACACCGAUUCCACUUGUCAACAGCAACUACAUCAACUGGCACCACUUCGUCCAUCUCUAGUGAGAUCACACACUGAAGUUUCACCGAUUCGCCCGUCGAAUCUAUCGAAUCCACCGAGUCCUCUGACUUCACCACCCUCCAUCUCUAGCAACAGCAGUAGCAGUGGAAGCAGCAGUGGUGACGAACGUUCACCUUCGCCAACCACCAUUAGUAUCAACGAUGGUACAACCAGUCCACUCCAACCGAAUGCAGCCAACAGCACUUCAUCCACUGGCGGCUCUUCUUCGACGGCUGGCAACAGUGUCAGAACUUGGUCGAGGUCGAAAAUCAAAGGAUUACUUCACACACGAACAUCUGCUCCACAGCUAGGAUCGAAACAGCUGCCGCUGGACGGUGCAAUUCCACUUCCGAAAAUUGGAACUCAUCAUUGGUGGGGAUCGUCCAAUCCGAUUCCACCGGAGAACAACAAUCUGCAGAUGCACCUCCAGGCACUACCGAAACUGGCGUCGACAGCUCCAACCUCAUCGAAUGCACUCAGUCAGAAUAGAUCGCAUUCGGAAACACACAUUCAAAGACAAACAACGAAAUGGGUGAUGGCUGCACCUUCUUCACCACCUCCAUUCCACCAUGGUAGCGCUCCGAUUGGUCGAACCAACAAUUCACCUUCGGAUCUCUCUCCAGACUUUUGUCUUUCCCCGAUCAGUUCUGUCAUUCGAGUGUAUUAUGUUCCGCUAUUUGACGACUCCUCACCGAUUCCAUUCUCUGAUGUUCCAGAUUCUUUGACUCUGAACAACCAUAAUAAUAAUCAUACUCACCACAAUCAUUCCAAUCUCAAUACCAGUGUAAACAACACUACAACUACAACCACUACCAACAACGGCAGCAAUUCUUCCAACCAAAAACAACAAAUUCCAACUCAAUAUUGGACACAAACAGUCACCAAUACAACUGUUGUUAGGGAGAUCAUUGACCAGAUAUCUGGAAAGAUCGAUAAACCUUCAGAGUUAUUGAAACUGUGUUGCUCGAUGAAUACUUUGGACUUUUUGGAUGAAGAUAAACUGUUGACCACCACGAGAAUGAAGAAAUUCUUUUUGAUGGAAGUUCCACAGGAGUUGAUCAUCCACGAAUCCGAAGUAAAUCCACCAUUGAAUCAGAUACUUGGAUUCACUACUUAUAAUAGUAUUACGGGUAGUGGUGGUGUUGGUGGUCACAGUGGAUCCAUCCACUCAAUGAAUGGAAUGCCUCAUCACGAUGCACUCUCCACUCAGUCCUGUACCAACUUGUUGGCGAUCAGCAAGAGUUGGUCACCGUCCUACUAUUGCAAAUUCCUUUCCUCGUCGACCGGACGUGUUGCUCCACUCGGAGGUUUGCGAGCCAGUGGUUUGGGAGCGAGUCCAGAUUCACUGAACGAAGAUUUCCUCAUGGAACUCGGUGAGGGACGAUCGAUGUCAUCGAGCUACACCGCCGCUCUCAACAACAGUAAAUCUACCAAUUCACUUGCCAGUAUUAUCAUUGCAAUCUCACCGGUUCUCAAAGAGAAAAUCAAGAUUCUCGACAACUAUUUCCACCACUACUACAGGGAGUUGGACAACUAUCUCGCACAGAGAAAACGACGUAUGGAGAAUCUCAUUCAAGCUCUCAAUGAAUCCGGUAUCAAGGAGAACAGCAUUGCUUGGCAGCGUUGCAUGAGAGAAUACAUGGACAAAGAGAGUACCUAUCUCCGACAGAAACGUGCACACAUUGGACCAUCGGAUUUCCGCAAGCUCUCAAUCAUAGGAAAAGGUGGAUUCGGUAUGGUUUAUCUGGCAAUCAAGAAGGAUACCAAUGAAAUUGUAACACUAAAAGUCAUUCGAAAGACAGCGUAUCAUCGUGCCAAUCAAAUGACAGCGGUCUCCAAAGAGAAGGCGGUAAUGAUGAUUCCCAAUACCACGAAAGACAAUUCAAGUCAGUGGAUCACUAGAUUACUCUAUAGUUUCCAAGAUGCCAACUAUCUGUAUUUGGGUAUGGAGUAUCAUUGUGGUGGUGAUUUCAAAUCACUGGUAUUCAACUUGGUUCGUCUAUCCGAUGACAUGGCAUCCUUUUACUUUGCAGAGAUGUUACUGGCCAUCGAGUCACUGCACAAACUCGGUUACAUUCAUCGUGAUAUUAAACCAAGUAACUUUGUCAUUGACAAAUCUGGACAUAUUAAACUUAUUGAUUUUGGACUAUCAAAAGAUGGAUUCAUUUCAAGAAAUUCUAAAUAUCAUAAUACAUGGAAGAAUUUAAUGAAUAAUAAAGAUAAUGUAACAAAAUUACCAAGAUUUAAUGAUGGUAGAAGAUAUAUAAAGAAAGUUACAUAUUCAAAAGUUGGAUCACCAGAAUAUAUGGCACCUGAAAUGUUAACUGGAAAAGGAUAUGAUUUGACUUAUGAUUAUUGGUCGUUGGGUGUUGUGUUGUUUGAGAUGUUGUUUGGUGAUACUCCAUUCUCUGGAGAGACAGCGGAAGAUGUUUUCAAGAGUAUCAUCGAUUGGAAGAAUGUUUUGAAUUGGGACUACCUUGGAGAGUACUUCUCUGAGCACGCAAAAGAUCUACUUCAGAAACUGCUUUGUGAACCAGAGCGAAGAAUGACUGCCGAAGACUUGAAGUCACAUCCUUAUUUCUCUGGCAUCGAUUGGGACAACAUUAAGAAUAUCACACCGCCAUUCGUUCCACAGGUUCAAUCGGAUAUCGACAGUAGCUACUUCCUCGAUGCCAAGGACUUGGAUGAUGACGAUGUCGACGGUGGUGACUACGACGAGGUGGUGGAAGCAGCAACCAACGCAGCGGAUGGCGUAGUACACGAUCCAAACAACCCGGAAGCACUCCACGGAAUCAGUGCUCUGGCAGCAGAGAUUGUCAAAGACGACGAACAAAUGGCUGCCAGCAUGUUGGCCAACGCCAACAACAAUAACGCCAACGGUGGUGGUGUUGGCAACGGCAACGCCAAUGGAGUUGCUGGUGGAAGUGGUUUUAUUGGUACCGGUGGAAGUGGUUAUCAGAAUAUGAUUGGUGGCGAGGAUUCCUACAGAGCUAUGCCAUUCGGUGGAUUCAACUUCCAGCGAUUCCCAUCGAUUGUAGAGGGUGCCAGAGUGAAAGGUCUCAUCAAGUCGUUCUACGUCGAAGAGAAAUGUGUCUCUAGAGCGACAUCCAACUCUUCGCUGAGCUCGCCAUCCGGUGGAUCAUGCACCAACUCGCCAAUCAUACAAUCUGCAAACUCUAGUAAACCUAAUCCAUCAAUGAGUAGCAGCGGUAGCUCAAUACCAAUUGUAUCAUCAAAUAUAUCAAAUACAAAUAAUAAUAACAAUAGUAACAACAACAAUAAUAAUAAUAAUACAAGUCCAGUUACAUCACCAUCACCAACAAGUCCAAACGUAGCAGGAUAUACAUCAAAGACACCACUACUUAGAGUAGCCAGUAAAACAAAGAAUAAAUAA